CGCCGGGCCCCUCUCUCCCAUAUGCAAGGGCAUUGGGGUUUUGGAAGGUGUGCCAUACCAAUGUCGGAUCAACACUGAAGUGUUGCGAAAGCAUAACUAACGACUAAAGAUGUCAUGACAAACCUUUUGAGCUCAACUGCAAUGGAUGACUUAGACCACAGUGUGCUGAUAGCAGAGCAGGACUGGGACUGUUUCUGCACAGAGAGUGAGGAAUGUAAUGUUCAGCAGGCCAAGCUUGCAGCCUUAGAUGAGUCUGGCUUCAGUGACAGUGACGAUGACAAAACGUUCGUUCCCACUCAGACCAGCCCUGACCAACUCUGUGAAAAAGAUCAAAAUCAGCAUCAAAUAGGAGAACUUAAAUCAGAACAUACAUCUGAGAAUUCAGAUUUUACUGAAUAUACUAGUCCUAAUACAGAGCCAAAGAAUACCAGCUCUGCUGAGCAGACAUCUGAUGCUGAAGCAAAUGAACCCAGGGCUACAUGUGAAGAUAGCAACCUGACUGAAAAACUAAAUGAGAAUCAAGAUAAUGGAGAGAAUCAAUCAAGCCAAGCCACAAACAAUCCAGUCUCUGAAAUGUCUAUAGAAGAUAUAAAGCAUGAAAAGAGUACAGAUAGUAUAGAAAUGCUAACUGAAGUGACAGACUGUUCACCAGUGGUCAAACAAGAGAAGGAACGUUGGUUUGUGACCGUAAAUGAUAGUCCAGUCCGUCUGAGAGUAAAGGAUCCCCGUUCAGUCCAAAAAAAAAGAAGAAAAAAAAAACCUUCUAAAAACUUGAGAAAGAAUAACGAUGCGAUGGAGAAGUGCUCUUCCUUAAAUAAUACAGAAUCAGAGAUAUUUAAACAAGAAAAUCUGUACUCACCCAAUAUUCAAAACGCACUUCAUAUCCAAGAUAUUAAAUGUAUUUUGCCCACUGGAUCAUCUGAGAACGAAGAGGAAAAAACAAGCCGUCCAAUUAGUCUAAAAAAGGAAAGCAUGACAGAAAUGCCAGAAGCAAAAUUAGAAAGAAAUCCUGCCGACUCUCUAAAUUCACUUUUAACCCCCAAACAGAUGCCACAGACCCUAUUUAAAGAUCUCAGUGGCCUUUUGCCACAGUACUUGGAUCAUAGCACAGUGUGUAAUAUACAUAACAAAUCCAUAGUAGAUAUUGUAAGUGAACGUCAACAUACAACUGAUAAUUUAAACCACUUUAAUAGUGACACAGAAGUGGAAAGUCCCAGAUUUAUUCUGGGUGCAUCUAAACCCAAUGCUCCUUCAAAUACUGAAGAAGAAAGUACAGAACAGCAGGAGCCCUUGGGACAAUCUUAUAAUAGAGAAGAAUCAUCCCAAUCAUCCCAAGAGAUACAACCCUUCAGGUCAACUUCAGGUCCAACUCCACCCAUAUUUGCCAUUUCCUCCUUUUGGGAUGAAAUGGAGAAAUUUACAAUAAAUGAUAUCUUGCAACUUAGAACAGCCAAUAACACGUCUCUACUGACAGAAAGCAUCAUUCCAGAAGAAAGCAGCCCUGCGGUUGAAUCUAAAGACAAUUUUUUAGAAGAUAGCCUAGUAGACGACGCAGCAGAUUCGGACUAUUUCACACAUUUGGAUGACUCUAAACCAGACCGAUCGAGCUGCGAAUUCUCAACCUACUCUGAUUUGGAUGACGAGUUUCAACAACAACUUCACGCAAGUGCAAACCCUAGCCCUGAACCCCUUGAAGGCAAAGAGCAAACUCAAAGGUUUCUUGAGUCUGGCUUGGAUUUAGAAGAAACCUGGCGAAGUGAAUCAAAUGAGAUGGUGAAGCUGUAUCCCGAGAGUGAUUCCUCCCUAUAUUUGUAUUCAGAGACAGAGUCAAAGAUGCAAGACAUAUUUCUAACAACAAGAGAAGAUAACACAAAUACCUUUCUUUUAGACCGAUGUAGCACAAGAAAAUCAACACCUUCACCAGUUUUAUCGAUUUCUGAUAUUCUAGACAAUCAGCGUCUGGAGUCUUUCUUCGAAAUCCUGAGUGACACCGAAGCAGAGCAGUACCAGACUUGGAUCCCAGAUAGAAGCACUUCACUUUGUUUUUCACAGAGAUUAUCUCUGGCUGAGACUUAUGAUGACUUCUUCUCAGACUUUGAAGUUGGAAACUUUCUCUUUCCUUCAACUCAAGCUUUAACGAAGAGUGAGAAAACGUUGGUUCCUAUCUAUUCCUCUUCCCAUUCUGUGGUAAAAGAACUAGAAUAUCCAGAGGUAGAAGAGGUGAUACACUCAGAUUGUGCCCCAGUUCGAGAUAUGAGGUGUGCAAGCCUGACCGAAACAUCAAACAUGUGCCUAAUCACUAGCCAGAGAAGUACCUGGAGAAACCUUUCUCUGAGACACACCAAACUUUUAAUGGGAAGGACCUGGUGUACCAUGGCCACCUGUUGGGGUUUUCCCAAUACAGAUGACACAGUCUAUGGUUAUAGAACAAGAACAUCAAGUUCUUCUAUAGCUCAGCCAAAGCUUCCAGAGCUUUUUCUAGAGAACCAGGCCCUCAGACAAAUAACAGAACAUCAGAUACAUGUCGAGGCAACUGUUCCAGAUAAAGAUCACUUCCUUUUUUCCUUCAAGCAAACAGACAUGUGUCUUGUUUGCAUUGCUUUUGCGUCAUGGGUACUGAAGUCAAGCAACCCACAAUCUACUGACAUGUGGAAAGCAGCUCUUCUGGCAAACGUGAGCGCGAUAUCUGCUAUCCAGUACUUGCGGCGAUACGUAAAAGAAGGAUGAACCAUAAAAAUCUAGUAUUAGAGCUUUCUGAGGAUUUCUCACAAGGGGCCAGUGUACAGGAAAGGGUUAAUUUUGCACAAAUUCACAACAAACACUUUAGUAAAUACACAUAUUAGAUUGUAUUCCAUAUUUACUAACAGUCUAAUAUUUUCAUGUUUAAUAUAUUCAUGUUACAAAAUAGGUGUUCAAUCAAUAAAUAACUUAUCAAAGGACAAUUUUGUUAAAGAAAAGCAUACAAAGCAAAGGAGGAAACAUUAGUUUUUUUUCCGUACAAACACUUGUUCAGUUAGAAGACAUAUAUUGCUUUAGAUAUUAUGUUGGUAUGGACCAGAAAUGACACUGGUAAGUUGGUUUGCGUCAGUUAUAUUCAGGACUCAAGCUGUGCUAUACAUAUUUAUGUAAUUCACAAGUAAACUAUUUUGCAGUGUACAUAUAAAAAAAAACAUUUUCAAUGAUAAUCACUCUAGAUGUAUCUAUUAAUGCAAAAACAUCAUGCGGCCAAAGCUUAAAAAAAGCUCAUAUAGUUUUUGAGGAAACAGAUCUGAGCACAUUUUAUGAAGAAUAUAAAUUUGCACAUAAAAUAUAGUUGGAAGUUAAGGAGGUAUCAGAAAGUGCCAGAAAAAUGACUGCUGCUGAGUGU